AUGUCACUCAAAGAAGACAGAGGUUCUGAUGAGAGCCUUCUAGGCAGUGACCGAGAGAGUGAUGAGAUCGAGUGGACUCGACCAAACCAGCGACAGAACUGGAGACGACAUGCUUGGGUAAUUCUCAACCUUCUUCUCUUUCUGGUAUCUCUUGGUCUUUUUGUCGCUGCCUCCUCCAAGUUCAGCUCUGAGUCCGAUAUGGAUUACAUCCGCAAGACGUCCUUUUACUGUGAGCUUCCAUCCGCUCCCCACAAUGCUGACGCUCGAUUAACUUCUCUUACAGCUCCCGUCUUGGACUCAAUCAAUUUCAAGCUGAAGCCUAUUGAAACAGAGGGUGGCUUAUUCGAAGCAAAGAAUCCGUCCAAGUGGCGCAACUCUCUCAAGCCUGAUCCCAAGGUUGAUGAUGCAUGGGAAGAUCUCGAGAUCAUCCGUGUUUUCCCCAUCACUGAGUCCGAGGUUCGCCGACUAGGCAAAGAUCCAGAGCUCCUCGUCAAGUUCCCCCAAGAGUACGGUCUUGGUGAUAAUGCUUACAUGGCGCAAAUCGACAUGUUCCAUCAAAUCCACUGUCUUAACCUUCUGCGGCAUCUGGCUUGGGCCGAGUAUAACCGCAAUGGCACGGCAAAGAAGCCUUUCAGCGACUUGCAUUGGAUUCAUGUUAGCCAUUGCACUGACAUAUUGAUGCAGAACCUCAUGUGCAACGGAAAUUUGGACAUCAUCACCUUCAACUGGGUUGAGACCCAGUCGAAUCCAUUUCCAGACUUUGCGGUCAACCAUCAGUGUAGGGAUUUCGAUGCGAUAUAUGAAUGGCAGGAUAGACACUCGGUGCCAAAAGAAUGGGGGCGGAAUGUCACUCGGCCAGCUGGCGCAAAGCAGAUUCCAAUCAGCGAAGAGUAUUAUCGUAUAUAUGGGAUCGAGAAGCCGCAGGUAUCUACAACACCAUAA